UCCACCUGCAAAGCAAUAAGUUUUACAAUCUAGUUCUUCACAACUUAAAAAUGUGGAAUGAAUGCAUUGUGAAUCUUUUGCAAAAGUGAGGAUAUAAGAGUAUGAAUGAGUUGAACUAUAUAGGUUGAUUGUAUUAGUUAACACAUUAGGUAAAGUGUUUCAGUUAGUGUUGAAUCAGAUUGUGUACAUGGAUUCCGUGACUUGGAGUGCUAGGUGAAGAACAGAAUGAUUUCUGUAUGAAUGGCAGACCUGAGGAUAAGGAGUUUGUGGUGAAAGAAACAGUUGAGAAAAAAAGGAUGGAUUUAAACUGUACAUAGGUUCUCUGAAUAUAGAGAAAGCAUACAACAAAGUGAAUAGAGAAAUAUUAGGUAGAGUCUUAGGAAUGAUUGGGUUGAGUGCAAAGAUAAUUAUAAUCAACACAUUGUGUAGCCUUUAUAUUGACACAUGUUAACAUGAGCUAAAUACAGACCAGGGGAUAUAGAAACUGGCACCACAUGUUAUACACACUCAACCUUAACUACAAGUGUUCACUUAUUAUUGUAAAUUCACACAAAAGAAACAUUCAAUGGGAUUGGGAGAGACUGGUUUUAAAUUUGACAGCAAAGUUCUAAAGGUGUUAUGAUAGUCUGUUUUUGCUUUGAGGUGUCUUAUGUUAUUCAUGGGAUUUGUUAUUUCUUUAGUUAUUUUUUUAUUAAUUUGGGCAGAUAUUUUUUCUUUACUAUCUUUCACUAUUUUUUCAUUGAAUUUACAGGUUUACAUCCAUACCAAGAAAAAUGUAUUGAUAGGUCAAACCACAGUGCAAAACUCCCAGAACUUCAAGAGAUUUGCUAGUCUCAUGAGGGAGUGAGAUUUCAUGUUGAAGGUGUUCAGUAAAGGGUUUAGAUAUCAAACUCAAAAUAUACUACAAUAGAAAAUUUUGUUUGAAGACUGGCUUGAUUUUAUAGAAAUAAGUAUGCUCUUAUUUGUACUAACAAUAAAGGGUAAGAUUGAAUGUUAAUGUAGAAAGCAUUUAAUUACCUUGAUUUAAGUAAAUACCUUGAUUUACCUACUUUCAUGCAAGAAGCUCUUCAUCAUCAUAUUGACUUGUAACAAUUAUGGAAAAUUUAUGGAAUAUUUUGGAGACCUGAGAAGAUAAUCAGAGUUAAUGUAUCUCCUUGCAGCUCAAAGAGAUUUUCUCUCAUAAUCAAAUGACAAUCGGCAUAAUGAGUAAAUAUCUCUAAUAUGAUUCCAUCACUCAUGUGACACUAAUGUUGACUAGUGUAUAAGACUAAUAGAAACAAGGCGUGUAUAGUAUAUUGAUAUAUACAUUCUAAGUAUUGUUUUACUGUAGCAAUAGAAAGUAAGAUUUUCUUCAAACAUUUUAGUCUAAAUUACAGUUCAGCUGCUUCACGAAAUGAGUGUUCAAGCCAGUGAUGGUAACAUGAAGCUUUUGAAGGCUAUACGCAACCCUGUCACAGCUCACCUCCCUGCUGGGUGCAAGAAGAUUGGCACCUCUUUCACUGCUAAGAAACUUGUCAAUCCACGAGAGAUUGUUCCUGAGAAUAAUCCCAUUGUAAUUGUGAUUGGAUCCAUGGCUCAUGGGAAGGUGGAAGUAUAUUAUUUUGAAGAAAUUGCAAUAUCAAGGUACCACUUGUCUGUAGCGUUAACCUGUGCCUAAGUGUGCAGUGGUUUUGAAGAAGUGUGGGGCGUCAAGUAGGAGUGUGGCCAGCUGCUAUAGACAGGUGCUCCAGUUAUCUCGUGCUUGUGCCAACGUGCCAAGUCUGUGAGCGACACACACGCCAUGGCAAGCAGUGGAUUGGGAGUUGGGUUCAGUGGAUGGGACUGGGCUGUGUUUGUGGUGACCUUGAUGGCGUCUCUUGGUACCGGAGCGUUUGCAGGAUGGGUGGCGCGACGGAAGACUAAGAAAAGCGACGUGAAGGGCACAGCGGCAGAGUUUCUGAUGGGGGGAAGAGAGCUGAAUCUUUUCGCUGUGGCUCUUUCCACUAUGAUCGGUGCCUUAUCAUCCAUUUCAAUCUUAGGCAACUCCGCUGAGAUGUACGCCUACGGAACACAGUUGUGUAUGAGCCUAAUCGGCACCGCCCUCGGGGCUGUCUUCGUACACUUAGUGAACCUGAGAGUAUUCUACCCUCUGAAAAUUACCAGUGUUUACACGUACAUAGAGAGACGGUUCCAGUCGAGGGCGUUGACGUACUUCAUUGUGUACUCCACCUUUGUGGGCACUUUCUUCUACGUGGGCCUGUGUGCCUACACUCCCUCGCUGGCCAUGGAGACGAUGACUGGCGUGCCCGCUUGGGUGUCCAUCAUUAUCAUGGGAGUGGUCUGCACCAUCUAUUCCUCCUUGGGCGGCGUGCGGGCGGUGGUCUACACGGACAUCCUGCAGGUGUUUGUGAUGAUGGGAGGCGUGGUGACCAUCUUGGUGACGGCUGUGGUGGAGGUGGGCGGCAUGGGGAGGGUGUUCGACAUUGCCAGGGAGCACGGCAGGAUAGAGCUCUGGAACGUCAAUCCUGACCCCCUGCAGCGUCACAGUCUAUGGCUGGUCAUCAUGCAAGGCUACUUCCUGGUGCUUCUAGUAUUCGGGAUGGGCCAGCCUCAAGUGCAACGCAUAUGCUCCGUCUCCACCUGGCGCAAGGCUAUUGGGGCUCACUAUCUCAACAUCGCCAUAUUCAUCACUUCGAUGGUUUCCUUCUACCUGUUGGGUUUGUCCGUCUAUGCCGUCUACGCAGACUGCGACCCUCUAGCAACAGGAGAGAUCUCGAAAGCUGAUCAGCUCGUGCCUUUCUAUGUCAGUGAUCGCCUUUCGGGAUAUUAUGGAUUGCCUGGACUUCUCAUAGCCUCUCUCUACGCCGGUGGACUGAGCUCAUACUCCUCACAAAUCAAUGCCGUAUCUGCCGUCAUGUGGGAGGAUUUCUUCAAAAACUCUGCGUGGGUGGCAUCCAUGAAGGAGGAGCGACGACCCUACGUCAACGUGCUAGUCAGUGCCAUCACAGGGACGCUUGGCGUGGUGGCUGGCAUUGUGUCCACGCAGGUGGGCGGAGUAUUCCAGGCGGGGCAGACCAUCCUGGGUACCAUCAAUGCCCCACAGCUUGGCCUCUUCCUGUUAGGGAUGUGCUGCCCCUUUGCCAAUAAGAUAGGCGGCAUGGUAGGCAUGGCCGCGUCUCUCGCCUUCAACUUCUGGGUCACGCUGGGCGCCAUGUUCAGUGGCGUUUCUGCUCCAACUCUUGAUUUCUCCGAUGACGGUUGUGCCCUUUCCACAUCCCCUAAUUCAUCCUUUCCUCCAACCUCUCCCUUCACCGAGUCACCAAGCACUUACUCCACGUCGUUUGUUCCCCCGACAGAACCGCCACAAGAUCCGUACGUGUUUCCACUGUACCUGAUGUCCUACACGAUGUAUUCCUUCGUCGGUGUCUCCAUCACCGUCUUCGUCGGCGCUGUCACUUCUCUUCUUACUAAUCCAUGGACGACAAAGAAGGCGGGGAAGAUCUACCUCCACCCAACCUUCUACGCCCUUCAGAAGAGAUGGGAAAAUCGCAGGUCUAACACGGAUCCUCCAUUCAAAAGCACACAAGACCUCGUGUCAAUGGAGAAAUUCUGAGAGAUUGGCUGGGAAGAUGUGAGAAAGCAGCAGGUAUGGGCAGGUGAUUUGAGGCUGUUAGGAUUAGCGUUAGCCUUCGUGGUAGAUAUGAUGGUAGAAGUAGUGAUGACGGUAGUGGUGAUCACGGUGGUAAUGUGUUCGGUGUAAAUUCAUUUGUAUCGUAUUGAAUAGUGUAAUCAUAAUCGCUAUUAAAGUAAGUAUUGUUUCAUUAUUUUCUGUACUAAAUGCAUAAGCGGCACGUAAUAUUUAUUUAUUUUCUUCUUUCUUGUUAGAAUAGCUUGACAUUGAAUAAGUAUGAUGUUGUUU